AUGGCUUGUGUUUCUUAACACAACAGAACAGUAUAAGAAUGGAACAGUAUAAGAUGAAGGGGAACACCUGGCCUCUUCGUCCCUUGAGCUCAUGUUUUACCGGAAACAAAGCAGACACACUGCUCCUUCUAGCACAACUCAGACUCAGAUCCUUCGCAUUCCUAUGCAAACCUAUUAACUACGCUAUAUCGAAGUCGUUCACCAAUAAACACUAGCUGGAAUCCAAGUAUUAAAGCGACAUAUCACCAAAUACGAGGAGGAAGUCAGAUAUCGAAGAUAUGGCCUACAGUUCAGCCUCCAUCGCAAUUAUUGGUGCUGGUCCCUGCGGUCUGACGUUCGCCCGCCUACUGGAGAAGAACAACAUCGACUUUGUGGUCUUCGAGAAAGACGUCGACUCAACUCCCACACCGAUGUACCAGGGUGGAACCCUUGAUCUUCAUGGCGCCUCCGGGCAGCAGGCGCUAAGAAGUGCAGGACUCUUCCAGGAGUUCAGCAGGCUCGCGCGGUGGGAUGCUACUAAGUUUGUCGUAAUGGAUCCCACGUGCACCUUGAAAGCCGAGUUCGGUCAGGAUCGCGACGCUCCUGAGAUUGACCGUUUCCAAUUGCGUCAACUUCUGUUGGAUUCAAUUCCAUCUCAUAAGGUGCGAUGGGGUCACGGCGUCCGGACAAUUGACAAGGGCUCAGGUUCGGAUUGGAUCAUCAAGUUCACGAACGGCACCUCUGCAUCUGGGUUCCAGCUCAUUGUUGGCGCUGACGGUGCGUGGAGCAAAGUUAGGCCUUUGCUCACUACAGCACGGCCUGAAUACUCUGGGAAGAUGUUCAUCGAGGGUCGGCUUUCGCACAACAACCCAACUUACUCCGCCGCACUGGAACUGUCAGGAACCGGCAAUAUGAUAGCUUUGGGAAAUGGACGAACAGUCUCGGUGCAACAGGUGUCCGAUCGGUCGUAUCGAGUCUAUGUGGGCUUGGUGGCCCCGGAGAACCUGACAAAGACCACACUCGAGAUGGCUGAUACAGAGGCCACACGACAGAAGCUUCUUUCGUCGCUACAGUUCUUCGCGGACUUUGCUCCCGAAUUACAAAGCUUCAUUUCCAACGCCGAAGGUCCUUUUCGGCCCUGGCAUCUUUACCGCAUGCCCGUAUCCUCCGUCAACUGGGAUCGUGUUCCAGGCAUCACCCUUCUUGGCGACGCCGCGCAUGUGUCGACACCAUUCGUAGGCGAAGGGGUCAAUAUGGCCAUGUUUGACGCCCUCAAGCUCACCGAAAGCAUCCUCAAGCACGGGGCUGCUAUUCUCACUGAGAGAGCGCAGCGCGCAUCGAAACUUGAGGAAGCCGUCAAAGAGUACGAAACGGAAAUGUUUGGCCGCGCUCAAGACUUCAUCAAGCGCUGCAUCAUGAGUGAGGAGAUAUUCUUUGCCGAGGACGGAGCUCAGCAGUUCAUCAACAUAAUUAGCCAGACUGUCGAAUGUCAGCAUCAAGGACUCUUUAGAGAAGAGAAGUGAGCCCGUGCUAGAUAUGUGCUGUGCUGGGCAACUGAUCAACGUCUGUCUAUAUUUUGGGGCUUGAGUCAACGUGUUAGAGGUGACCCAGAUAGAACCAAUAACUUUUCCGCCC